AUGUCAGAAAACCCGAAGAUCGUAUUUGAAUGCGAAGGAACUCGCUAUCAGUUCGAAAAAAGAACGGUCGAAUUGCCAAUAAAAGGAGACCAUGUCAAAAUCGGGCGCUCUCAAGGGCCUCUAAAGCCGCAGUCAGACAAUGCAAUAUUCGACUGUAGAGUCUUAAGCCGGACCCAUGCACAAAUCAGAUUUCUGAACGAGAAAUUUUAUUUGAAAGAUACUGGAAGCUCCAACGGUACCUUCGUCAACGGGCAAAAGCUGUCAGACUCUGAUCACGAAGUGCUUACUGGUGACGUUCUCCAAUUUGGCGUCGACGUGGACAGCAGUCCCCGCGCUCAGACGAUUCCUUGUGUCGUUUGUCAAAUCAAAUGCUACCUGCCUGAUGGAACUGAAGUGGAACCAAAUCCUGCGGGAGCAGCGGCUCGCGAAUCUUACUCAAAGCUCGCCACUUCGUCCAAGAAGUCAUCAAGACCGCCUUAUAACCAUGAUGCUGAAGUAAGACGGAUGCAUGAGGAGGCAACGCAAAAAGAACUUAAUGGGUAUCGAUCAGAUAUCGCAAAGUUCCAUCCAUACGCGGAGGCCGUAGAGAAGAAGUUGUUAAAGUUAGAGGGCAUUUUGUCAGACAUCACAGAAGUUCAGGCGCAACAACGCGACGAAAAGCUUGAAGAGGAUACACUCCUCUGCAAAAUUGAGUGUUUGGAAAAUAUGCUGCAGGGUGAUAAUGUAUCUACUCUCCAAGAGAGUCACCGCAGAGUAUGCCAGGAGAAAAGCGACCUCGAACAGCUUUCAAAAAACGUCGUCCGAAAAUCAUACCAAGAAAAGCUCGCUGCGCAGGCUGAAGUUGACCAACAAAAGAUAACAAUCAAAAAGAUGGAAAAUGAAAGUCAGCGGAAGGAUUCGGUCAUAAAAGACCUUAAAAAACAACUGAAGAACUUCGCGCUCGACUCAACUGGGAAAGCUCUUGAUGUUCUCAGAGAAGCCGUCGCGGAGAAAAACCUCGGGCCAGAAGAAUUGGAGGUCUUCCAGACACUGUCUGAAAUCGUCUUCCCAGAUGCCUUCCAGGAACCAAAUGAAUCCCUGAAUAACUUUAUGAACGAAGAGCUUAGAAUUUUCGAAUCAGAAAAGAAGCUUAGAAACGAGGAAAAAGCUGCGCUUGUCCUUCAGUUGAAAGAAAAAGAAGAGAUGCUUCAGUUUAAGAAUAACGAAGUAGAAACAGUUGCUCAGGAGCGCGCAGACCUCGUCAAAAGACUUGGAGAGCUACAGACAGAGCAAAAAGAGAUGAACGCAGCAAUACUUGCCGAUGUGGAAGAAAAGAAAGAUUUAGCGCUCUUAGAAUGCCAGAAGAAACAAAACUUAAUUUAUGCGCUGAUGGCAGCUCUCCUUGCGAUGUUCAUGUUCAUUGUCUUCAAAUAUUGA